CUAGAGGUUGUUGAUAUUAAAAAAGAAAAAUGGCGGCGGCUGCAGCUGUACUGAAAAAUCGAGAAGUUUUAACUCAUUCAGAAAAUUCGAAUGUUGACAUCGUAAAAGAAUUUACCCUUCCUCAAGAUGUCAAACCAGAUGAAGAAAUUAUUAGAGAAAAGGAGCAAAAUCUACUUGAGCUUGCCAAGAAUCUUGCUGAUUCCGGAAAAGCUAAAGAAUUGGCUACAUUGAUCAGAGUUGCCAGACCUUUUUUGAAGUUGGUCAGCAAAGCAAAAGCUACAAAGAUUGUUCGGGCUCUUGUGGAUUUGUUUCUUGACAUGGAAGCUUCAACUGGAUUAGAGGUUGACAUGUGUCUUGAAUGUAUUGAAUGGGCAAAACAAGAAAAAAGGAAUUACUUAAGACAAGCAUUAGAGGCAAGAUUGAUUGCUUUGUACUAUGAUGUCAGUAAGUUCACCGAAGCAUUGAGUUUAGGAAGUGAGUUGUUGAAAGAACUUAAGAAACUUGAUGACAAAAACUUACUUGUUGAAGUUCAGUUAUUAGAAAGCAAAGUGUAUCAUUCUUUGAGUAAUUUUCCCAGAGCUAGAGCUGCUUUGACUACUGCAAGGACUACUGCAAAUGGAAUAUAUUGUCCUCCAAAACUUCAAGCCGCUCUUGAUCUGCAGUCUGGUAUUCUGCAUGCUGCUGAUGAAAAAGAUUUCAAAACUGCAUUUUCUUAUUUCUAUGAGGCGUUUGAAGGUUAUGAAUCAAUAGAUGAUCCUAAAGCAGUGGUGGCACUAAAAUAUAUGUUAUUGGCAAAAAUUAUGCUUGGAGAUCCAAAUGAUGUAAUAUCUAUCACUUUGGGAAAGUUGGCUCUGAAAUAUGCUGGUGUUGAUGUUGAUGCAAUGAAAGCAGUAGCUGCUGCUAGUUCAAAAAGAUCCUUAGCUGAUUUCCAAACGGCUCUUGAAAAAUAUAAAUCGCAGCUGGUUGAAGAUCCCAUUAUUCAUGCUCAUUUAGAUGACCUUUAUGAUACAAUGUUGGAAAAGAAUUUAUGCAGAAUUAUUGAACCUUAUUCUAAAGUGCAGCUGCUCCAUGUUGCGACUGUCAUUGGCUUGCCUUUACCUACUGUUGAGAAGAAGAUGUCACAAAUGAUUCUGGACAAAAAAUUAAAUGGCAUUCUUGAUCAAGGACAAGGAAUUUUGAUAAUAUUUGAAGAUACAGACAGUGAUAAAACGUUUGAAGCUGCUCUGGAAACAAUUCAUUGCCUUGAAAAAGUUGUAGACUCUAUUUAUAAAAAAGCAAAAAAAUUAAGUUGAAUCAUUUUUAUUUUAACAACGUUUUAAUGAAAAUGUAUUUAUUUGUGUUACUGUAAAUAAUAAAGUCCUGAUUAC